GUGGUCCCAUUUUCCAGUUAGCCACUUAAUUCUUCCCUACAGCCGGUUGUAGGGAAGAAUUUCCACUUUGAACAUCUGUCUCUUCUGGUUCUAACCAUUUUUAUUUUCCAGUUCCUAUUUCUGUUAUUCUCAGAGAUUAAAGGCUGUCUUACAAAACGAGGUAAAAGAAUUGGAUGAUAUUAGCUUCAAUCUGGCAUCGUCUUUGUUCUGAUUCUUUUGCUUCCUCCGCCACUAGACCUACUACCAAUACCACUGAUUGUUCUCAGCUUAAAAUUGUCAUCUGAUGGUCCAAAGCAAAUCACUGUUGCAUAGGAUCUUUGUGCAAAAUUAAGAUAUAUUAUGUGCAUAGCAGUGUUUCUAUGGCAAGCUCAUCCUCUUUAUCCAUUCCUCUUGCUACUGAACAGAGACGAAUACCAUAGUAGGCCAACAAAACCAUUGAGUUGGUGGGGAAGUGGGGACCAGAUUUUGGGUGGGAGAGAUGAGCAGGCAGGUGGGACAUGGUUGGCUUGCACCAGAGAUGGUAAGAUUGCUUUUGUUACAAAUGUUAGGGAACUUGAAUCAAUCCCUGAAGCCAAAAGUAGAGGAGACCUUCCCAUUCAUUUCUUGAUGAGUAACAAGAGUCCCAAGGAGUUUGCCGAGGAUCUUGUGAAAGAGGCAAAUGGGUAUAAUGGGUUUAACCUGAUAUUAGCUGAUAUCCAUUCCAAAUCCAUGGUUUACAUAACCAAUAGAACAAAAGUAGGAAACAAUUUUAUCACAGAUGUAUCACCUGGAAUACAUGUGUUACCGAGUUCAAGCCUAGACUCCUCUUGGCCUAAGGCUCAGCGACUGGGCCAUAAUUUCAAAGAUCUGUUAGAUAAAUAUGGUGACAGUGAGCUUCCCGUGAAUGAGAUGGUUGAAAAACUAAUGAUGAACACUAUCAAAGAUGAGGAAAACAUGUUACCAAAAAUUUAUCCUGCUGAAUUUGAACAUCAGUUAAGUUCCAUAUUUGUUGACACAGACACUCCAUUGGGACGAUAUGGAACGAGAAGCACCUCUGCAGUUUCCGUGAAAUCAGGUGGAGAGGUCAACUUCUAUGAAAGGCAUCUUGAGAAUGAGAAAUGGCUGGAGCGCACAGAGAGCUUCAAGAUAGAGAUGGAACAAAGGGAUGCCAUAUAUAGAGGAUAAUGGCCAUAAAAGGAAAAUGGCAGCUCAUGCCAAAGGAAAUUCAACACAGGCAGAUAGACAAAAAAUGAGGAAGUGCUGGCACAUCAGAAACAUGUUUUUGAGAAUGUUAUUAUUAAUGCUUUUAUUGAUUGAUGUAAUAAUAAUAAUAAUAAUAAUAAUAAAAUAGUUGCUAUUAGCUAAAAUUUUGACUUGCAAGCAUAGCUGUCUAUGCGGUGUCAACUGCUAAGAAUUUCUAAAAGUACAUUAUUUAGAUUCCUUC